CACCUCGAAAUACCAACGUCUCUGUGUAAGCACCUGCAAUGCCUGUCAACCUUCUACUCUACCUCCUCCUCUUCCUCCCUGUGUGUCACGGCUGCCACACUGGCUCCUUCACCGACUGCCAGAAGGCUCCGUUCGUCCCCGGUCACAACCUGGCCGGAGAGGGUUUUGACAUCGUCAAGAUGCAGACCUCCGGCGCCUUUGUGGUGGAUGUGCGGAAGUUCAUGGUGGGUGGGCACGACGGUAACUGCACCCUGUGCACCAACACUCUGAUGGACAACCAGGUCCAGAAGUUACCGCUCUCCGCACUGGACUGGCGCACAAAGGUGACGUGUCGUCGGAGCAUCAGCAGCCAGAUGUACGAGUCGAGCAGCUCCGUUCUGAAGGAGACCACUAACUGUGCCAGCGUCAGCUGGAAGGUUGGCCUGGGAAUCAAGGGCAUUGCUGGGGUUGCUGUUGGAGGCACACACUCCAAAACUGCCAUGUUCGCCAGAGACCACUCCACCAAAGACAAGUUCUCUUUCACCAGCCAUGAUUUCAAAUGCAAAUAUUACACCUUCCGCCUCCGAACCCAACCUCCCCUGAGCCGGGAGUUUCAGGACUCCCUAAAAAACCUCCUUUGCAUGUACACUCACAAGACCGGCCCUGCCUACAGCCACUUCAUCUCCGUCUAUGGCACCCACUACAUCCGCAAGGUGAACUUGGGGGGCCGGGUGCACUCCACCAUAGCCAUACGCACCUGUGAGAUGGCCAUGAGUGGCCUCUCCCUCCAUUCUGUCAGCAACUGUCUGGGGGUGGAAGCCAGUGGCACCAUCAAGGGUGUCUGGUUUUCAAGGGUGUCUGGUUAUAAAACCUGGCUGAAGUCCCUGAAGAAGGUCCCUGGUGUGGUCUCUUACCAGCUCAGCUCCUGCACUUCCUGGCCAGAGACAAACCCAUCCUUAAAAGGCCAACCAGCGCAAUGCCAUCAGAGACUACAUCCAGAAGUACGCUGUGCCCACCUCCUGCCCUUCUGCUUGCAAGAUGGGGAGACGCAACAAAGACUGAAUCUGUAAGUGUAGCGGUCACAGGAACGUGGACUCCAACUGCUGACCCGGUAAACCGGGCGUGGCCAGGAUGAAUGUGACGGUGGUCCGAGCUACGGGGCUCUGGG